AUGGGAGAUGUCAUCAAUUGCACGAGGUUUCUUUGCCGAGCCGAUGACUUGGUUGCAUUACCAGAAGAACCAGUCGAAAUACCAAAAAUUCCUCUCAUUUCACUCGCAUAUCGUGUUGGAACUCUUUUGGAUAUAUAUGGUGAAAAAACAAAUGAACAACAUGUGAUGAAUGCUCUUCGACAAACUAUUCGCCAAUGGAGAGAACAAGGCAUACCGGUUGACUUUUGUGAAUUUGCGUCGUAUCCAAGAUUAGAUGUAUUUCCAGCUAGAUACGUCAUCUUUCUGGAACUGAUUGAGGAUCAAGGACACAAGCUUGAUACACAACAAAUUCAAGUUCUCAAGAAUACCAUCAAUACAGAAGUCGAAGAACAACUUUGCAAAGCGAAUCAAAAUUAUAAAGAUAAUCGAAGUUCAACAAAGCUUGGUCCACUUGAUUCUAUUCUUGUACGUAAUGGAACAUUCUCGACUUUUUUGCGCAAAUUCUUAUGGACCGAUCGUGCCAGUCCUCUGCAAAUCAAACCUCAGCGAAGAUUGAGAAAUGAAGAACAUAUUAGAUUCUUUUAUGACAAUCAAAUUGAUACAUCAUCUUUCUAA